AUGGCCACGAUCAUUAUCGGUAGCGAUUGGAUGGUCGACGAUAGCGCAGAAUGGUCGUGGAAGGAGCACGACCAGCUUAUGCGCUGCGCCUUAUUGACCAUCGUCAAGUGUGUACGCCCCUUAACGCAACACCUCGUCGUGGAGGACCGACAACGCAUAUUGAAGACGGAAGAUUUCUUGCAACUGGCCGAUGUCAUCGAUUAUUUAGAAAAAAGCCAUGCCGGAAUUCGAUUGUCGACGGUUUGCUUGGUAGACUUCAAAUUCAGCCUGGCGCUUAGCUGCAGCCAUAGAAACACUGGAAACAUCGCGUGCUCUCUGCAUAUGCCAUCUGCGCCGACGGAAGACGCUUCUUCUAGCACGCUGCACGAUUUCAUCGUAGCAUGUCGCGGUCUUCCGUGUAAUACCGUGUGGUUAAGCUCGUGUACCCUCCAUCUCGACUCUGGUGUUCUGGCCAAACGGGGCAGGUCAUUCUUUCACCCGGAGAUUACGGUUGAUUUCGGUCUGGCUCAACUGACGACAAGGAAUGAUUUUGAAGGUUCGCUGUGGAACGCGAUUGAGGCGCGUUUAUCCGAGCUGGACGAACUUGAGCUGGCCAGGCUGUCCAACUGGUUGAUGACUCUAGUGGACAACUCGAACGACACAAUCAACACUGCAUGUUGGGUAUUAUGUGCGGCUCAUACAGCGGAUCCGCGUCCGUGGUUGAAUUACCGCGGCAAAGCGUGGUGCAUGGAUGGACUGCAAGAUGUGCAGCUAGAAAAGUUGUCCCGUAUUGCGCUGCAUUUUCUCAAGCAGUUCAGAGAGUCCUUGGAUACUUGCAGCCUUUCAUCAUCCUCAGGUUCCAGCUGUGGUUGACGUUAUUUGCUUCAAGUUUGUGUGUGGAGAUGUCCGUAAUUAUUUUGGAACAGGGUUUUUUUUUCGUUCGCUGCUGACCACGAGACGGUCUGACCUUUAUCUUAUUGACAAUUGUGUGUGCUUGACCUAUUGCGUUUCCGAAGUUAACCAAUCGGCAUUACUUGUUUCCACUUUUGUUGAGUGCAUAAAAUAUUAAACUGUUGUAACUGCAAUUAUUAAAAAAAUCUGCGUA